AUGUCCGUGGUCAACAUCCGUCGCGACGUCGACGACAAGUUCUACCGCUACCGCAUGCCCCUCCUCCAGACCAAGAUCGAGGGCAAGGGCAACGGUAUCAAGACCGUCAUUCCAAACAUGUCCGACAUCGCCCGCUCGCUCAGUCGUCCACCUACCUACCCGACCAAGUUCUUCGGAUGCGAGCUUGGCGCUCAGACCUCGUUCGACGAGAAGAACGACCGCUACAUCGUCAACGGCGCCCAUGAUGCCGACCGCCUCCGUGAGCUGCUCGACGGCUUCAUCGACAAGUUUGUCCUCUGCGCCGACUGCAAGAACCCAGAGACCGAUCUCAAGAUCCUCAAGGACGGCGAUAUCCUCCGCAACUGCAAGGCCUGCGGUAAGCGCACCGGCGUCGACAUGAAGCACAAGCUCACCACCUUCAUCGUCAAGCACCCGCCUCCCAAGCGCGUCAAGGGUGCCAAGGGCGCCGGCAAAUCCGCAGGUCAGGACGCCGGCGACGCUGGUUCCGACGACGAGCUCACCAAGCGCAUCAAGGCCGAAGCGGCCGAGAUCCCUACCGCCGAGCAGCGCGGCAAUGUCGACGAUGACUGGUCCGUCGACACUUCCGAGGCUGCCGUCGCUGCACGUGUCAAGGCGCUCGAAGGCAGCGUCAAGUCUUCGCUCGUACUCGGCGAGGAUGACGAGGAAGAAGACGAGGACAGCCCUUACACCCAGUUCGGUCAGUGGCUCCAGGCCAACCGCAAGGGCGGCGAAGAGGACCGCGAGUGCACCCCUGCCGAAGUCUACAAAAAGGCGCAGGAGUUCGGCAUCGAAAAGAAGCACAAGACCGUUCAGGUGCUCGCCCAAGCCCUCUUCACCGAAGACGUCGCCAAGGAGAUCGAAAAGUACGGUGCCGUGCUCGUCAAGAUGGUCGGCGACUCGGAGAAGCACCAGAAGGCCAUGCUUGGCGGCUUUGAGCGUCUCGCUGGUGUCCAGUACCCUUCGCUCGUGCCCAACGGUGUUCCCAAGAUCCUCAUGGCUCUCUACCAGAUCGAUGUGUUGGACGAGGAGUUUGUCAAGAACUGGGGCACGCACGUGAGCAAGAAGUACGUCGACAAGGAUACCUCCAAGAAGGUGCGUCGUGCUGCCGCUCCUUUCCUUGAGUGGCUUGAUCAGGCUGAUUCCGAAUCCGAAGAGGACUCUGAUGAGGACGAUGAGGAGGAGGAGGCUCCUAAGGCGAAAGCAAAGGCUAAUGGCAAUGGAGCCAAGAAGGCUGUUCAGCAGGAAGAGGAGGAGGAGGACGAUUCGGAUCUUGACAACCUCUAG